CCUCUUUCAGCGUCAGUACGGUAACCUACAGCCGCAGUCAGUCGCUUGUGUUUGUCUCCUUCGCACCGCCGCACGACUCUGAUUUCACCUCAUUACCUGAAAAGCAAAGUUAUUCUCCUCCAACUGAAGCUCCUCUCUGUAAAGGGGAUCAUCAGGAAUAAACAUCCAAACCGGGCUGCUGGGCCUCAUUCCUGCUGCGGAUAACUAGCAGAUUUUACUCGGAAUUACCUGCAGAGCUGAAUCUACGGAAGUCUGGGUUCAUGCCGGAUUUCGAGCACUUCAGAUUUUCCUAUUCGAGCAUGAAUCCGGUCCUGGGGGAGAGCGGCCUCCUGGCUCCGCAGCAGCAUCACCACCAGAUGACGGGCCAAGCCGACUCCGCCAUCCCGGAGCCGGGAUACUUCCUGGGGGAGCACGGCGGCUUCGGGCCGGAUGGUUUGUUCGGGUUGGAUCUGGGCGCGCUGCCGUCGUCCGGCCUCGCCUACCUGCACCUGAGCAGCCCCCUGCACCGGGUCCCACCGGCCGCCACGGCGCUGCGCAACGACCUGGGAUCCAACAUCAACGUGCUGAAGACCCUGAACCUGCGCUUCCGCUGCUUCCUGGCCAAAGUGCACGAACUGGAGCGCAGGAACAAGGUGCUGGAGAAGCAGCUGCAGCAGGCCCUGGAGGACAACAGCGGAGGAGAUCCACACCAGAAGCCGGUGACCAAAGACAUGGGGGUCCAGACCGGAUUCAUCGGUCCGAUCUCGCCCAGACCGGGCUACAUGCCGCUCCAUAACGCCAACAACCCGGCCUACCUGACCGGCGGCCUCCUCUCUCCCAUCCUCAACCCUCCUCCUCUGUUCCACAACAAAUACCUGCUGGGGAACAACCUGAACACGGAUUCCAACUCCAACCUCACCACCAGCCCGGUUCUGAGUCCCAGCGACCCGACCAGAACCAUCAGCAACAUCAACGAGAAGCUCUCCGCUCACACCGGAACCGGCACCAGCAAUGGGCCUCCUCCUCCGCGCUUCCUCCCCGGAACCAUCUGGUCCUUCAACCACACCCGGAGGUUCGGCACCGGCAGGGAGUCGUGCGUCACGGGACCCGGAGUGUCCUGGACGCACCCGGACGGCGUCGGAGUCCAGAUCGACACCAUCACACCGGAGAUCAGGGCGCUGUACAACGUGCUGGCCAAGGUGAAGAGAGAGAGGGACGAGUACAAGAGGAGAUGGGAAGAAGAAUAUAUAGCCAGGAUGGACCUGCAGGAGAAGGUGGCUGAACUCGAAGAGGACCUGCAGGAGAGUGAGGUGUGUCAGGAUGAACUGGCUCUCAGGGUGAAGCAGCUGAAGGCAGAACUUGUCCUAUUUAAAGGACUCGUCAGCAACAACCGCUCAGAGUUGGACAGUAAGAUCCAGGAGAAGGCCAUGAAGGUGGACAUGGACAUCUGCCGCCGCAUCGACAUCACUGCCCGUCUCUGUGACGUGGCCCAGCAGAGGAACUGUGAGGAUAUGAUCAGCAUCUUCCAGCAGGUUCCCACGCCACCCUCCACUCUGAGCCGCCGCACCAGGAAGCGAAGCGGCCAAUCGCCAAAGCCUGGGGAUGGAGAUGAACUGAGCAUGUCUGAGAGCGAGGGAGGUGGAGCUAAAGACGAGGAGUCCUGCAGCUCAUCGGCCAAUCAGAUCAAUGAGCAGAUGCAGAGGGUGCUGAAUCAGCUGAGAGAGUGUGAGUUUGAGGAUGACUGUGACAGUCUGGCCUGGGAGGAAACUGAAGAAACUCUGCUGCUGUGGGAAGAUUUUCCUGGAUGCACACUGGGAGUGGAGACACAAGGAGAGCUGCAGGAGGAGUCCAUUGAGGAUGUGAUUAAAGACACAGAGUCACUGUUCAAGUCCAGAGAGAGGGAAUACCAGGACACUAUUGACCAGAUAGAGCUGGAACUGGCCACAGCAAAGAGUGACAUGAACCGGCACCUGCAUGAGUACAUGGAGAUGUGUUCCAUGAAGAGAGGCCUGGAUGUCCAGAUGGAGACCUGCAGGAGGCUCAUCACUCAGAGUGGGGACAGGAACUCCACAUCGGCCAUUGCACUGGUGGUGGAUGAUUCAGGCAGUGAUGAGAAGAACCCAGCCUUACUUGUCAAACAAGAAAACAACACUGCCUGCUGUGAUGUCAAUGCCACCAUCCCUCCUCUCAGCUGGAGGAAACCCUAACGUACUUCAGCUGCUGGUUCCUUCUCCACUGCUACACACCCUGAAAUAGAAAACAAACACAUGACUACAAUUCUUUCUCUGCUGUAUAAAUAGUUUUUAAAAACAACAGCUGGACACAUGUCUUCUAGCUCUUUAAGAUGAUUCACCACAAAACAGAAUAACAUAAGUGUCUGACUUAAGCUACAGAAAACUUUGUACAGUAGCUUUUAAACCCAGAAUUUGCUUACAAAGAUAUAUUAAUCAUAAAGCAAUUUCUGAUGCCAUUGUUAGAGGAUGUGAGCUGGAUUAGAAAAGAAAAUAAUGUGUAAGCGCUGCACUUCAAAACAACUUUCUUGCAUUGAAACAAAUAAGAUGCAUUUAAUUUUGCACAUAGAGGAAUCCAUUAUUUGCACAACUGCUGUAAUAAGUUUCCAAUCCUAAAAUGACCCACGUCUUAUUUGGAGGACUAUUUUCGGUGACUUAGAAGUUCAACUACUAAAGCCCAACUUGCCUUAAACUGACUCCAACAUUUAAGAAAUUUCAUGUCUUCAGUGAUGGCAUGAAAAGUGUAUUUUUGUCUAAUAUGUCAGGUUUAAAAGGUUAAAUCUUCCUGGUUUCGUUCUAAUGGAACAACACAUGAAUGAACAUGAUUACACAUCUAAAUUAACUUGUAUUUUCAGAUCUUGGAUUUCUUUGUCUGCAUCCACAAAUGGCUACUUUUUAGACCUAAAAUAUUUAAUUUGACUGUGUUUAGGUUAAAAAUAAAAUAUAAUCAAUGAUUAGUCAUUUUUUCACCAUUAUAUACACAUUAAAGGAAAACUAUCCAAAUUUGCAAAGAUUUUUCAGAAUAAACUGAAAUUAAGUCACAGCAAUUUCUCUUGGAAAACACUGGUUUUAAUUUUAAAGAAAUAGAAAAAAUGUACUUAUUCAAAAGCACUUGAGUAAUUUAGGGAUUAAGGUUAAGCAAAUACAAUAUUAGAUAUAAUUCAGUUAACACCAACUGGACUGUAAACUUUUAAAGCUGUAUGAAGGACAGAUAAACCACAGAAACAAAGUUUUGGUUUUUUGGUUUGCUAAACAGAGCAUGGGGAGAACUAAAACUUUGAUUAUAACUCUGAUAUAGACCUUUAAUUUACACUUGAUACAUUUUUGAUGUCUGCUAAUCAACAGAUGAUCUAUCAAUGACUCACAAAAUCCUCAACAACCCAUCUCAUUCACUUCUUCUGUGACGUGAUUUGUUCUAAACAACUUGUCUGUCCCUGAAAGCAUUUUUAUUUUACCAAAGUAAUAACAUAUUUAAAGAAAUCUUUGUCCUGUAAAAUGUAUAGUUUUUAAAGGCUAAAAAUAUUGUAUCAAAUGUACAUAAUACUGCUGUGUAUAAUGCUUGACUGUUAAUGCUGUAAUGUCCCAUCUAAAGGUGUAAAUUUAACUGAGAAUAAUGCAAUUUCACAUUUCAUUUACAGUGUUUUUUAGGUUUUAGCAAUGCUGUUGCUAAUAGUUGAAUUCAACCUAUCAGUAGUGUCAUGCAGCAUCAGGAUACUUUUAGAAUAGUUCUGUUUUUGUAGUUAUUUCACAGCAAACAUGACCCCAGAAAUGGUUAAAAUUGAAGGCUUUAAAGCCUCUAUCAGGAUUUACAUCUAUUUUAUGCAAGUUUUCCUGUCUUUGCUGAUGCUGCACUGAAAGUUUCACAGUUUAAGGUUCACUUUGUCUAAAAUCACAUCUUAGAUUACAUGAAUGUCUGCUUGUUCAAUAACCUGCCAGAAAACAGACCUGUUCAAGGAACACUUUUCACUUUACUCCUGUACUUUUCUUCCCUGACCACAUGUGUUUUGACACAUUCUGCUCAGUAAAGAGAUAGACUAGAAUUUAACAUGUCAUAUUGUUCCUUUAACGUCAGGGGGAAAAAGUAACUACAACUGUGCAAUAGACUUAAGCAAUGAAGGCAAACAUCACUCGCUUCGUGAAUCACUGCAGAUGCUGCUUUAAAUGAAAUGCUGACAUCUAUAUAGUCCAAAUGUCCAUAGAACCUGUGAAGACAGAAGCAAAAAAAGACCUCAUGAAACAGAAAUUACAACUCAGGAAUGAUGAUGUGGCUCAGAUAAAAGGAAAACAAGAUAGAAAAUCCAAAUACAUCAACUGCGGAUUCAAUCCCAAACAGGAAAAACUCUAGAAUAUGUGAGUGAAAUGACAGAAAACUGAAGCUACUGUGAUGUCAGUGGCGGUUCAGAUGCAGGAAUUCUGAGUGUUUUGUUUUAUGAGUUCUUUAGCUUUUGGUGUGCUGAGUUGUAUGUCUGAGGACUUUACUGAAGAAAAAUUAAAAGAUGCACAGAAUAAAUAACGUUGGAAGACUGUU